GUGCUGUGUGUUAUCCAUUUCUUCUCCUCUCUGCUCUGUUCACUUCGUUCUAGUGGGGAGCGCCGCCGCUGCAGUUGCCGCCGCCACCAGAGCAGUCCACCUCGGUCUGAUAUGGCGACCGGGAGUGCAAGUGCCAUCGCGUCCUUCUCCGUGGCGGCGGCAGCGGCUGCUGCUCUGCGCGUCAGGCGGCCAUGCGCUCGCGCUUGCGCUUGGGCCCCCUCGCAGCGACCGCAGCAAGGGGCACUCGUCAGCCUCAAGCCUUGCGCCUCACUGGCACCACAAGCUCCUCUGUGGCGCGCGGAGUCGGAUGCCGCGGGGGGUGGUGCCGGCGCCGGCGAUGUCAUGGGCCUCCUCCUCCGGGAGCGCAUAGUCUUCCUCGGCAACGAGAUCGAGGACUUCCUCGCGGACGCCGUCGUCAGCCAGCUCCUCCUCCUUGACGCCAUCGACCCGGACUCUGACAUCCGCCUCUUCGUCAACUCACCAGGGGGAUCCCUUAGCGCAACAAUGGCCAUCUAUGAUGUAAUGCAGCUUGUGAGGGCAGACGUGUCCACUAUUGGAAUGGGCAUAGCUGGAUCAACAGCUUCUAUAAUCCUUGGUGGUGGCACGAAGGGCAAGCGAUUUGCCAUGCCCAACACCAGGAUUAUGAUCCAUCAGCCUGUCGGAGGUGCAAGCGGGCAGGCCCUAGAUGUAGAGGUCCAAGCGAAGGAGAUAUUGACCAACAAGAGGAAUGUCAUUCGGAUCGUAUCAGGCUUCACAGGCCGCACUCCUGAGCAGGUAGAGAAAGACAUUGACAGAGAUCGUUACAUGGGCCCUCUCGAGGCUGUCGAUUAUGGACUCAUUGAUGGCGUGAUCGAUGGAGACAGUAUUAUCCCACUUGAGCCUGUCCCGGAGAGGGUGAAGCCUAAGUACAACUACGAAGAGCUGUACAAGGAUCCACAGAAGUUUCUUACACCAGAUGUCCCAGAUGAUGAGAUAUACUAGUCGAAAAGUUGUAUUUUGUGCGAAUGUUAAGUCUGUUCUUCAGCAAGCAGAUGUUUUUCGUCGCUUGUAGCUGUCAAACCAACCAUAGCACUAGUAGCUUAUUGAUCUUGUUUACUGACUGGAUGGUGAUUCGAGCAGGCAACUAGAACCUGUUGGUUGUGUUUCUGGUGUUACAUUGUGGUGUUAGAAUGGUCCGGCUGUUUCGUUUUGAGUCCUGACCAUUUCAGGUGUGGUACGUUGAGAUCAGUUAACUGUUCGUUUUUUUUUUUUUGACCACCAGCAAAAGCUUCUACAUCCCAUUUC